UGAAAUUUGUACUUAACAGAAACAAGAACAGCUUCAUUUCGUGUUAUAUUCAACUACGGUGGAUUGUUUCAGCCGUUUGGGUGGAUUCAUACUCUGUAAUAGGGAUCUUUGAUACGGUCGCAAGAAUUGCCUGAUUGUGUAUUCCGCAAGUCCAAAAUAAUUCGAAAGUCUUAGGGAGAAGUAAGCUUCAUCUAUAUUGACACUCCUACGACCAUGGGGAUGCAACCGCGAGCCGGAUCGGUCGCACAUACGAACGGCACCAACGGAACGAAUGGAGCAAAUGGAGAGGCAAGCAAGCGAAAAGCGCCUCUAGACAUCGAAGAGAUCCUGCGCAAAAAGAAAGAGGCAAACGAUGCUGCUGCCAAACCAAGAUUUAUCCCUAAGGCAGAGCGUGAGCGCCUAGCAGCAGAAAAGGAGAAAGAGGAGGAAGAGAGACGAAGACGAAAAGCCCAAGAAGAAGCGCGAAGUAAAUCUAGUAGUAGACCUGCAGCUGCGCGAGAACCCGAUAGACGAUAUGGCGACCGUCGCGAUCGAGAUCAUGCGCCAGUCGUUCCAACAGGACCCAAAGCUAUGCGCCAAUCUGGUCAUGAUAAACGCGACGCCAACGAUUACGAAAACGGCGACACGCGAGGGAAAUCACGAGGUAAAAAGGGGUUGGCGGGAGAAAAACGGCCAGCGCCAGAAGAAGCAGAAGCCGCUUUGAUAAGAGCACGAUACAUGGGCCCUGAGAUGAAUCAGUCGACGUUCUCAGCUAAGAAGAAGCGGAGAAGAACGACGGAUAAGAAAUUCACUUUUGAAUGGGAUGCGGAAGAAGACACGACCCAAGAUCACAAUCCCAUCUACGCAGAGAGAGCUGAGCCAACCUUCUUUGGAAGAGGAAGGCUGGCUGGAUUUGGUGAUGAUAUGACAGAGGAGAACGCCAAGAAAUACGCCAGGUCUCUGAUCGAGCGCGAUCCUGAAAAUGGAGCACAACGAGCGCAAGAACUAUUAGACAUGAUGCAAAGGGCGAAGGAGAGGGCCAACCGCAACGGGCUAGGGAAGCACUGGUCCGAGAAGAAGCUUGAAGAUAUGCGCGAACGAGAUUGGCGUAUCUUCAAGGAAGACUUUGGCAUAUCAACAAAGGGUGGACUUAUUCCGAAUCCUAUGCGAAACUGGCAGGAAUCUGGUCUGCCUCGACGGCUACUUGAUAUUAUUAGCAAGGUUGGCUACGACGAACCAACUCCAGUCCAACGCGCAGCAAUCCCUAUUGCUCUACAGGCACGAGACCUCAUUGGUGUCGCUGUCACCGGUUCAGGAAAGACGGCUGCUUUCUUGCUACCUCUACUAGUUUACAUCUCGGAACUGCCUCCUUUAACUGAGCUUACCAAGAACGACGGUCCGUAUUCGCUGAUCAUAGCCCCGACCCGAGAGUUAGUCCAGCAAAUCGAGACGGAAGCCAAGAAGUUCGCGAUACCACUGGGCUUUACGGUUGUUAGUCUCGUGGGUGGACAUUCGCUUGAAGAACAAGCAUUUGCGUUGCGAAAUGGUGCUGAGAUUAUUGUCGCUACGCCUGGUCGUCUAGUCGACUGUAUCGAACGACGCCUGCUGGUACUAUCACAGUGUUGUUACAUCAUCAUGGAUGAAGCAGAUCGUAUGAUCGACAUGGGCUUCGAAGAGCCCGUGAACAAGAUCUUGGAUGCGCUUCCGGUCACCAACGAAAAACCAGACACCGAAGCUGCUGAAGACGCGCAGCUGAUGAGCAGGCACCUUGGUGGCAAAGAUCGAUACCGACAAACUAUGAUGUACACGGCCACUAUGCCUACAGCUGUCGAGAAGAUCGCUAAGAAAUAUCUACGCCGUCCUGCUACGGUCACGAUCGGAAAUGCUGGAGAAGCAGUUGAUACAGUUGAGCAACGGGUCGAGUUCGUACCUGGAGAGGAUCGCCGCAAGAAACGCUUGCAGGAGAUCCUAUCGUCCAAUGAGUUCGCACCGCCCAUCAUCGUCUUCGUCAACAUCAAGCGCAACUGUGAUGCUGUGGCUCGAGAAAUCAAGCACAUGGGCUUCUCAGCCGUCACACUUCACGGUAGCAAGACCCAGGAGCAGCGAGAGCAGGCCCUGGCCUCGGUACGUGGUGGCUCGACGGAUGUCCUGGUGGCGACUGACCUGGCUGGUCGUGGUAUCGAUGUCCCGGACGUGUCCCUCGUCGUCAACUUCAACAUGGCUAUGUCCAUCGAGAGCUACACGCACCGUAUCGGUCGUACGGGUCGUGCGGGCAAGAGCGGUGUCGCCAUCACGUUCCUGGGCAACGAGGACGCAGACGUCAUGUACGAUCUACGGCAGAUGCUAUCGAAGAGCUCGAUAUCCAAGGUGCCGGAGGAGCUACGUCGGCACGAGGCGGCACAGCAGAAGCCGACGAAAGGCCCCAAGAAGAUCGAGGAGAAGGGGUUUGGUGGAAAGGGGGCCGGAUGGGAUUAGGGGAUAGCCGAUACUUACACGUAAUUAUUCGACUUAUUGUCAGAGUGAAUAUAACUAUGAUGGUUCUAUCUAAUUGAUUUUGAUUACCUACUUAGGGAUCCAUAUCGUUGUCC